UUCGCAGCUACCGAUUGUUUCGCUUUCGUUCGCCGUGCGUCUCUGCGAUGGGGUUUUCAGUGAAGCUAAAAACCAAAUCUGGCCAGCAGCACAUUGUGAGCAAGCUGACAGAGACAACGACCGUCGGUGACCUCAAGACGAGAAUCACCGAGCUGACCAACAUUCCGGGUGAUGCGCUGCACGUGGUGCUCGGUUUCCCCCCGUUCAAGCCGCUGGAUUUUUCCAACGAAGCCAACCCUCUGCCAACCGUAGGCAUCAGCAAUGGGGAUACGCUGAUUGUUGAGGAAAAGUCGUUGAGCGCCGAAGAGCGAAAGCAGCUGGAGGCCGCCAAACGGCUGGAGCAGGACGAGAAGCUAGCGAAGGAACUGGCGGCGCAAGGCACGGAAAACUGUGGCAUUCUGUUGAAGAAAGUGGUCCCGGCGGACAAUUCAUGCCUUUUCACUAGCAUCGGCUUCGUGCUCACAGGGAAGGUGGAUCCGGAAAAUAGCCAGUACAUGAGGCAAAUCAUUGCCGGAACGGUCAAUUCGGAUAAGCAAGAGUACAACGAAGGAAUCCUUGGUCGACCAAACGAUGAAUACUGUGCCUGGAUAUUGCAGCCCGAGGCCUGGGGUGGAGCAAUCGAAGUUUCGAUCCUGUCCGCGUACCAUGGCAUCGAGUUCGAUGUUGUCGACAUCACAAACGCCAUCAUCAACCGGUUCGGUGAGGACAAGCAAUACGGAAUGCGAGCGUUUCUACUGUUCGAUGGCAUUCACUACGACCCUCUGUACCUGGAAUCGACGAACGGAGAGCCACCCAAGACUCUCUUUCCUAUCGAAGACAACUUGGUGUAUCUACAAGCGGAGCAGUUAGCCAAAGAAGCCAAGUCUUCACGCCAGUACACGGACGUGAACAAGUUCACCCUGAAGUGUAUAGAUUGCGACUGCUUCCUGAAGGGACAAACGGAGGCUCAACAGCAUGCACAAAAGACCGGACACGUUAACUUCGGUGAAGUUUAGGAUCGAAAGCGUGUCACAUGGAGGAUGCUUGUAAUUCAACGCUGUGUGUGUGCGUGUGUGAGUGUGUAUGAAAUGCCUCGUGUAAAGGACACAAAACUAUCCACGGCUAGCUGGUGCGUUGCCAAGCCAACAGUUUACUAUGAUUGCCCCCAUAAUUAGGAU